AUGUACCACGAUGUGAAAGAGUUAUACUGGUGGGACGGUUUGAAAAAGGACGUGGCAGAAUUUGUACAGAAAUGUCUGAUAUGCCAACAAGUAAAAGCUGAACAUCAGAAACCCUCUGGUCUAUUACAGCCACUAGAAAUUCCCGAAUGGAAAUGGGAACACAUAACCAUGGAUUUUAUAACGGGAUUGCCUCGAAGUCAAAAAGGAUUUGAUGCGGUUUGGGUGAUAGUUGACAGGCUUACCAAGUCCGCACAUUUUCUACCUGUGAGCAUGAGAUUUUCUUUGGAGAAACUGGCCAAGUUGUACACAGAAGAGAUCAUGAGAUUGCAUGGUAUCCCUAUAAGCAUUGUGUCUGAUCGAGAUCCAAGGUUUGUUUCACGUUUCUGGCAGAAAUUUCAAGAGACAUUGGGAACCAAGUUAAAAUUUAGUACUGCUUAUCAUCCCCAAACAGACGGGCAGUCAGAAAAGACAAUUCAGACUUUGGAGGAUAUGCUGAGGUCGUGUAUAUUGGAUUUUGGAGGAAUGGUGGAAAAAGAGAAAGAGAAAGAGAAAGCGAAGGAGAAUGGUGAAGUGACGACGGUGACGGAAUCGACGGCUAGGGAAUUAGAGGAGCUGCCGAAGACAAUUGUCCUGCGGCUGGUGAAAGAUAAGCUCUCUCAGCUCUCUGCCGAGUCUGAAAUCUCCGUUUUCCGCGAAGCCCUGCAGGCCUUCUCUGAAAGUGGUCGCAUCUUCAUCCACCACCUCACCGCAGCUGCAAAUGAUAUAUGCAAGGAGUCGAAUAGGCAGAUAAUAAAUGCCGAGGAUGUUUUCAAGGCGCUUGAGGAGAUAGAUUUUCCAGAGUUUGUUCAGUCUCUCAGGGCCUUUCUUGAAGAAUUUCGCCAAAGGAAUGCCUCUCAGACAUUUUUUUUUUGGCUUAAUUUUGGUUUUCCUGAAAUCUUUCAUUGGGCCUAUAGCCCUUUCCUUCUAUUGACAUUGAACAAAGCGUGCACUCAUUGUUACAAACCACAAAUUUAUUUUAAUGUUGGGGUUGAGCAGCUUUUUUUUUUUUAAUCUUUGAUCAGCUCUUGUACUAGUUCUGAACUGGAAACAAGAUUUACACACUAGUGUCUUGUGCGCA